UUUGUCUGUUUUCGCGCGAAAUGUAUUGAAGUGGUAAAAUGUUUUACCAGUGAUAUCUCGCAAUCUGUUUUCAUUCUCGCGAACGUGAUAAGUCAACUUAUGUUAUUAGUUGCACCUAUGUCUGAAGUGUCAAGUCUUUCAACGAUUUUUUCAUAAUGAAAGACAUUGAAAUAUAUAGUUUGUUAGAGUCAAUUACUGAUGACCAAGCAUUUGAUUCUGAUAUUGGUGGUGAUAGUGAUGCUGAAGACAAUUUAGUACUGAAGGUAAAUUCUACCGAACGCUCCACCACAAGAAGUUCAAGUUUUGAUUCUUCAACUGUACAAUCAGAAACAAAUUCAAGUACUUAUAGUGCUCAACAAAAUGAACUGGCUGGUCCAAGUUGUACUGAAAGAACUAGUCGUCCUAUACGUUCAAAGCGUCAUAUAGAUUUUUCAAAUAAUAACUUAAGUUCUAGCGAAGAAAUUGAUGAUUCUGAUAAAGACCUCAAUUUUCUACCAUCAAGUCCUCUAAUGCAAGCUAACAUAUCUUCCAGUUCAGAUGAAAAUAGUGAUGAUAGUCUUUCUCAACCCAUACACAACACUCAACUACAAAAUAAUUCAAGUGACUACCAGUGGGAUAAAAUAGGUGGUGUACCAACUAAAUUUGCUAAAUUUAAUUUUAAAGAAAAAUAUGGGUUCAAUGCAAAUGUUGACAGUUCAAAUACAUUAAACUUUUUUGAAUUGUUUUUUAAUAUAACAUUUUUAAAUUUAAUUGUUAGUGAAUCUAAUUUAUAUGCAUCACAAAUGAACACAGAGUUAAACUUAACUGUCCCAGAGCUAAAAGCAGUUAUAGGAGUUUUAAUUAUAAUGGGUAUGAAUGUCUUGCCUAGUAUGAGACUUUAUUGGUCAGAAGAUGAUAACUUUCAUCAUUCUAAAAUUUGCCAUAUCAUGACAGUAAAACGGUUUUUAAAAAUAAUUAGAUUUAUCCAUUUAAAUGAUAACCAAAAUAUGCCACCUAGAGAAUCUUUACAGUUUGAUAGAUUGUAUAAAAUUAGGCCCAUGAUUACACAUUUAAAUCGAGUUUUCCCAGAAAUGUAUUCUCCAUCCCGUUACCUAUCUGUAGAUGAAAGUAUGAUAGCAUUUACUGGUCGUACAACCAUGAAACAGUAUAUGCCGUUAAAACCCAUAAAACGUGGCUUCAAAGUUUGGGUUAUUGCAUGUGCUGUAUCUGGCUACAUGUAUUCCUUUGACAUUUAUACAGGUAAAGCUCUAGGAGGUGAAGUAAAUUUUGGUUUAGGAGAAAAGGUUGUUUUAUUAUUAACUCGGGCAUUAGAACAUCUAGGAUAUUGCAUAUUUUUUGACAACUUUUUUAGUAGCAUACCACUUAUAGAAAAACUGUUGACCAAACAUAUUUUUGCUUGUGGCACGUUUAGGAAAAACAGAAAAUUUUUUCCAUCAAAAGUUUUAAAAAAUGAUAAAGAUAUGAAAAAAGGUGAUCUUGAUUUUGUACAGUGUGGCGAUAUAACAGUUACCAAGUGGAAAGACCGGGGUAAAAAUCCAGUUAACUUACUAAGUAAUAUGCAUAACGGUUCUGAAAAAGUGAAUGUCUUACGUACAAAUACUAAAGGAGUACGAAGUGGUAAAAUAUUUUACCAACGAUCAUUAGGUGUUGAACCCUGA